AUGGGACGAAAGAAAAUAGCCAUUCAACCCCUCACGGAUGAACGUAAUCGUCAUGUGACCUUCAACAAACGUAAACAAGGUCUUGUCAAAAAGGCGAUGGAGUUAUCCAUUCUGUGUAAUUGCCAAAUAUCCCUCGUCAUAUUUAACUCUGAAAAUCAAUUGUUUGAGUAUUGCAGUACAGAUCCAAGAUCUAUCCUACAGAGGUAUUGCCAAGUGGCACACUUACCUCAUGAACGAUUAACCAAUGCUGAAUAUACCAAGUUCGAUAAGAGUGGUAAUUUAGCAACAACAACGACCGGAACGACUGACACAAGUUCCAUCGAUGUAACACAAGCGAGUCAAGAUGCCUCUUCUUCAACCAACAACACAACAACAACAACAACACAGACGGCUACUACUACUACUACUGGUGCUGCAGCAUCAACAACAAACAAUGGAAGCAGCAAAUCAAAAUCGAAAUCAAAGACACCAAAGAAAAGAAAGUCCAAAAAGGAGAAGAGUGAAAGUGAAGAUUCCGAUCAAGAGACCACAACCAGCACCAAAAACAAAUCGUCGUCAUCAUCAUCAACUUCUAAGGUUCAUGGUGCACUUCCAGUUUCAUCAGAGCAAAUCAAUGCAAAGGCAGCUCUUGUUUCACAACAACAACAACCACCAUUGGCUAUACCUCCUUUUGCUGCCUACACUCAAUUUACAGGUCAGCAGGUCUAUGCAGAUCCAAUUACUACAACACCACAAACUGCAUUGCUGAACACAUUUUUGAGUGGUGGAGAAUUUGAUCCUCUCACUCCCAGAACGGCUCAGGCCAUCGACAACAUUUCUCGCAAUGUUCUCGAAAAUCAAAAGAAGAGAAAUUCUCCAACCACAGGCUCUGAAAAGACUCAAGAUGAAGCUGAAUCACCAUCACAAAAGAAGAGAAAAACUGGACUCACCAUUCAAGUUCCUAACAAUAAGAACGUACCUCUCAAGAGAAUUGAGAGUUCUCUCUCUGAAUCAGCUCAACAAUUAGAAAAUGGAGAGGGUGACUUUAUUGCUCCAGCAAGCAGUAGUGCAACCAAUGCUACAAGUGCAUUACCGACCAGUAGCAGCAAUCCUUUAAGUGGUGUACUUCCUACUCCUCAAACAUCGGGCUUCCCUCUGGAAACAAAGACUCCUCUCUCUUCACUUCUCAAUUCGAACUUUUUUGAUACGAGCACAACCCCAACAAGUCUGGGCGUAUCUUGGAACGAUGUUCCAUCACCAUUCACCGUGCUAAAGGAAAAUCAAGCAAAGAUGGAAAGAAGCAACAAAGACAAAAUCUAA